CUCGUACGCUCAUCCUCUGUACUUCCUCCCUACCAUGAUGUGAUGGUCGAAUUGACUACUCUUGUCACACCUCAACGCAGCUUCAUUUCUCUAUCCUCAUCCACCUCCACCUGUGCCACCUAUCUUCCUCUCCCAUAACAUGCCUUGGGCACCGGGUCCAUCCCACUUCGACCUUGGAUCUCGCACAAUAUGUUGCCAACGACUCCAGGCCAGGCACUCGACUGCGAUGAGUGUCUCCCUUCAUAUGUAAAGUCCUCUGCCUCACAUUUUGGCACCCGCGCCGCGCUAUCAACCACCCCUUUCCUCGCCACUUUCGCCCUCUUCACUCUCAUCGCCUAUCGAAAAGUCUAUCCUCUUCUUUCCUCCACUCCUCCAAGGAACGACGAUGCUUCCAAAGGUCUUCCUCGUCCCUCGAGUUCAGGUCCUGAACCUGCCACUCAACAACUCGCUCGACGCAUUGCAGCCUUGACCUUUUCAUCCACCAUUGCUCUCUCCGCCGUCUUGACAGAACUUCUGCUGUGCGAGAUCUCCAACUCGUUUAAUCCCACCGCGCGAAGCAUUGCGCUGCAAAUCACUGUUGCCAGUUUACUGGGGCUUUUGGUCGUCGCUAUCCCUUUACUCGGAAUCUCAUCCGUCGUUUCGAAAACAGGCUACAAGUUUCGAGGUGACAAGAAAAAUAGACUUCGUCUGGCUUGGUUGUUGGAAUUGGCGGGAUAUGCGGCUUUCUUGCUCGCUUUCUGGGCCAUAGGAGCCAUUCUUCCAGACAAUACCACCAUCACUGAGAGUAUCAAGAACUAUGACAGUCUGUUCCAGGCAUGUCUCGACAGACUGGGCAUCACUGGAGUUUCUCUCAUGGCUUUGCUGUCUGGAUUUGCCUCUGUCAGUGCCAUCUGGCAGACCUUUGGCCCUCGACAUCGACUGAUUUCAGAGGCCGAGAUCACUCGCAAGCAGGCUGGUCUCGACGCUACCAUGGAUAUGAUGGCGGAAAAGAAAAACAGAUUGCGACAAUUUGAAAGGAAAACGGCCGACAUGCCACAACAAGGCUUCUGGGGCCGUACUGUUGGUUCGUGGCGAGGGAAUUCCGAUUCGCAAGAAAAGCAAACCCUUGAGAUGGAAUUGAGUGGCCUCGAAACAAUGGCAGCAUCUCUUGAAACUACUCUCAGCAUCCUUCGCUCAAGACGAGCCGAUCAAGUGCGCGCCACUACGCGCUCCGGCCGUGUAUCACUGGCCUUCUCCACCAUCUUCGCAGUCUACUGCAUCUACCGAAUUUGUACUACCGGCCUCAACAUCAGCCGUCGAGUCUUCAACCAUCAAGGCCCGGUCACCGAGAUGACCGCUUCAUCAUCCGACACCGACCCCGUCACCUAUACUAUCGCCUUAUUCGCCCGUCAUGUCUACCCUUCACUCGAUCAAGCCUCGUGGGCUCAACAAAUCUCCUUUCUCUUAUCAGGAGCCAUGCUCCUAGCCUCCUUUUCCGCCGUCACACAGACCUUCCACCUCUUUUCACGUUUUAUGCCCCGGGUUCUACACGCCACCAAGACCAACUUCGCUCUUCUCAUCUCUCAAAUCAGCGGCAUGUACGUCAUCAGCAGUGCAUUGAUGCUGCGUGGCAUGAUGCCCAAAGAAGUCGGCAGUGUCAUCAACUCGGCUCUUGGAGCCGGUCUACUCGAACCUGCUUGGGUUCAAAAAUGGUUCGAUGGGUUUUUCAUGCUCGCUGUGGUUGCAACCACCGUUGGUGUGAUCCUCGGACGUCAGAUCUCAGGACCAGCAGUCUGGGACGAUGAUGUUGGUGGUGGAGGUUGGGACGGUGAUGUUGAAAUGGGAAAGAUGUCAUGAUGUUGAGUUGGUGCUGGUUUGAUAUUCCCGCUUUCCUCUCUUUCUGGGAAUAAGGAGUAUGUGUUUUUAGCAAUGAAAUGAAAUGUAUUCCUUCCUUUGUCUUUUUGACAAUGUAUGGGAAAGGAGAUGGAUAGAUGGAAUGAUUACAGGAUGGGAAUUGAUAUGUAUGGUACGAAUGAAUAGAUGGAGGAUUGAAGGAUGGAUGACAGGAUGGAUCAACGGACCGAUGUCAAGGCGCAAUCAGGGCAGAUGGGUUUCGGACAGGACAUGGUAUCUAUCUAAUCAAAGUAAAUUCGGGAGAUUUAUAGAUAUAGAUAUAGUAUAUACCUGCUUGCUAUAGUGGUAUCGACAA